UACACCAUGUCCAAGCCUCUUGUUUUCAUCACCGGUGGCACCGGCUUUAUCGGUGCUGAAGUCAUACAACAAGCCCUUGAAGCAGGCUACCGCCUUCGUCUCAGCAUCAGAAAGGCCGAACAGGCAACCACGUUGAAGGAACGCUACCCCAAGUAUGCAUCCGAAAUCGAGACUGUGGUCAUCCCGGACGUCAGCAAGCGUGAAUCAUUCGAGACCGCUUUGGAAGAUGUCGAUUAUGUUAUCCAUCUUGCAUCUCCUGUUCCUGGAAGAAGAGCACUCCCAGACUUGAAAGAGGAUUACAUCAAGCCUGCGUUGGAUGGCACCCAAGCAAUCUUGUUUGCAUCACUCAAGUUCCCAAAGAUCAAGACUACCGUUGUCACCUCGUCCGGUAUCGCUCUGAUGCCAAUAGAAACUCAAAUGGCGUUUGAUGGAAGUAUCAGAGAGGAUACUGGAGAAGUGUUCUCAGUCGACAUCGACAUGCAAGUGCCAGAGCCAGAUAGUCAAGAAGGCCAGACUCUGAUGUACCGCAUCUCCAAAGUUCUGGCCCACCAAGCUACUCGCGACUUCCGCGAAAAGGAAAAGCCUUCUUACAAGCUGCUCACAACCCACCCAACGCUUGUGAUAGGUGAGAGCAGAAUUCAAAGCUCAGCUGAGCAGGUUGAUCUGGUCAACAACAUGCUAUGGAUGACGAUUCAAUACGGAAAUCCGGCUUUCCCUUCUCUCUGGGUCGACAUCAAGGAUGUCGCUGCUGCUCAUGUCAGAGCAAUCGACUGUUCUGCUCCUUCGGGCACGGAAUUCAUUACUUCUGGCCCCGAAGUUUCGUGGGAUGAGAUUGCAGAGUUCAUGAAGCAAGAGUAUCCUGAGUUGGGCAAACUCGAGCCGAAUUAUGAAGGGCCAAAGACGCGAGCAGAAACUGUCAACCCAGAAAAGUACCUUGGUAUGGAAUGGCUUCCGUGGCAGCAGACAAUCCGAGAAAUGGUGGAGCAGCAGCUGAGCUUCCAGGAGAAGAGUUCGAAGUAA